AUGAAACGCCAAAAAACGAGCUCAGAUGAAGAUGGAUCUUCUCUUAAGCAGAGAGCAUAUUCAGAAUCGCAUUCAAUUGAAGAUAUACUAGUAGAGUUUGAGGAUAUUGACCAUAGGCUUAUGAACCUAGAUAGAGAAUGUGCAAAGGAACAAAUGAAGAUCCAAAGAAAAUUUGAUGAAAAGAAGAGACCAACUUUAGAAGAGAGAAAGAAAGUUAUUGAAAAAAUUCCGAGGUUUUGGUAUGAUACUCUUUGUAGGCAUCCACUUAUAGCUGAGCACAUACAUUCGGAAGAUUUAGAUAUACUUAAGCAUCUAAAGCAUAUUGAAUUAGAUGAUAACCUUGAUGAUGAAGGUUCUUAUUGUAUAUCACUAAUUUUUGAUGAAAGAGUCUCAGAUAUUAUGGAACCCUUAGUACUAAAGAAACAUAUUAUAUACAAGGAUGAUGAAGAAAAAGUUCAAGAAGUUACUACUAUUAAAUGGAAAUCAGUAUCUCCAAAAACCCUUAUAACCGAGAAAAUAAAUAAAAUGGAGGGUGAUAUAGAUAAGGAAAAACUCAAUUUCUCUAUUUUUGAUUUUUUUGAUAAGGACUUUAACCAUAAUGUCGAUAUAGGUGAUAUUAUUCGUAGAGAUAUCUUCCAUGCCCCUCUAUUGUACUACUGUGACAAUGAGCAGGCUGAGGAGGAAUAG